AUGUCCCUCACCAUCCUCUUCAUCGGCGCCUCCCUUGGCUGUGGCCGCUCUGCGCUCGUGACGGCCCUUCAAAAUGGACACACCUGCAUUGCCCUGUUACGCUAUCCCUCCAAGGCCGACGACCUCUCGGAAAAAUACCCCGACAACCUCAUUGUCCGCGAGGGCAACGCCCACAGCCUCGAGGAUGUAAAGGGUGCCCUCGUCCACCAGGGCCGCCUCGUCGACUGCGUCAACACGUCCAUCGGUCUACGACCAACGGGCAUGAGUCUGAAGCUGGCCGACCCUGAAGUCUGCACCAAGGGCAUGCGGACGCUCAUCGCCGCGCUCAAGGAAGUCAGGACACAGGGCAACCAGGGCCGUCCUCUCGUCUGCGCACUGAGCACGACGGGUAUCUCCAGAUCUGGUGUCCGCGACUAUCCCGUUCUUAUGUAUCCUCUGUAUCACUGGGGCCUAGCCGAGCCGCACGCUGACAAGCGGAACAUGGAAGAGACACUGGCCGGUUCUGGGGAGCGGUUCGUCAUUGUGCGGCCGAGUCUGCUGGUGGACACGGACUGUCCGGAGAGCGACGACAAGGUGCGUGUCAGCGUUGAAGAUGCCAAGACAGCGGAAUAUGAGAAGAUUGAGGUUGGAUAUACCAUCUCGAGAGGUGCCGUGGGGCGUUUCAUCACCACGAGGGUGCUGGAGAAGGGUGGGCAGAGCUAUGAGGGCAAGGCCCUGGCUCUUACGUGGUGA